UUCCAGCUCGCACAGAAGCAACCAACAAAUCAGCUGAUCGAGACUCCGAGGAUUUCACGGUCAGAAACAAAUAUUUAAUUUUUUCAUCGAUUUGAUUUUUAUUGAUUUUUUUUAAAAGAUGGGCGCUGCCGGGUUCACGUGCUCCAAAAUCUGUCUGUGCGCGCUCAACAUCCUGUAUGUGAUGGUGAGUCUGCUCCUGGUCGGCAUCGCGGUCUGGGGCAUGUGGUUCGGUCUGGUCUCCAGCUUCCAGGUGGUCGGGGGGGUUGUGGGGGUCGGGGUGUUCCUCUUCCUCGUGGCUGUGGCCGGACUCAUAGGGGCGAUGAAGCACCACCAGGUCCUCCUCUUCUUCUACAUGAUCGUCCUCUUCAUGGUCUUCAUUGUUCAGUUUUCCGUCUCCAGCGCCUGUUUGGCCGUCAACAGAGAACAGCAGGAGGAGCUGUUGGAGGUCGGCUGGAAUAACUCUCAGAGCACUCAAAGAGACGUGGAGAAGAGUUUAAACUGCUGUGGAUUCAGAGAGGUGGACAACAACCACACCUGUGAAGCUGUGUGUUUUCCGAACCAUGCGCGUGUGCCGUGUG